UAUAAGUGAAAAGUGUAAUGGCGCCGGAGAAUCUUCCAUGGGAUUUGGAGGAAAAGAUACUCUCUGGGCUUCCACCUCUAUAUCUUGUUCGUUUCAGAACCGUAUCUCAACACUGGAACGCUCUUUUAAACGACACGAGGUUCAUCAACAACCACUUGGCUCGUGUCCGUCCCCAAAUCAUUUUCCUGACCGAUUCCAAGGUUUACUCCAUUGACAUUGAUCUCUGUAGAGGAGGCGUUGAUCCAACGAUAGAGGUGCGUGAGAUACCAUCCGAUUUUCCUUAUCAAGCUACGGACUUGACGCAUACAACCAUCACAACUUGCGAUGGGUUCUUGUUUCGUGACUUUUGGAAGCAAGGUGUUGCGAUUUGGAACCCGUGGCUAAGACAAGUUGGUUGGAUCGAGUACGUUGAUAAAGACUUCCAUUUUUGCGGUGUAGGGUACGAUAGGACAAGAGCCGACAAGAGUUACAAGAUCUUGGGGUACUUUAACUGUCUCCGUACGGUUAGCAACACUUACCAAGUAGGUUAUAAAAAAGUUGCGGUCUACGAGUGUGCAUCUCACGCGUUAAAGUUUCUUGAUGUCCCUUUCAAGCAGUGGCCCAAUAUGGCACCUUUGUCCUUGAACGGGAAUCUUUAUUGGGUCACUAGCAACCCGGAGGACACUCAUCGUCAUGAGUAUGUCAUCCGAAGCUUUGAUUUCUCGAGUGAGAUGUUCAAAACCUUUUGUCUCCUCCCUUGUCGGAAGAACCAUUCUCGCGAUGAAUUCCUCCUUGCGUUUUAUAAGAGAGAUGGGCUUUCGUUAUUGAAGCAAUGCUAUGUAACAGGUUUGAUUGAGAUUUGGGUGACCAAGAACAAGAUAGGCGAAGAGGAAGUGGAGUGGAUAAACUUGAUGACUUUGCCGACAAGUAAUUUACCGAUGCUGAUUAAUAAGCUCUGCGGGGUUAGUUACUUCAUCUCUGACAAGACUCUAAUUAUGUGUUGUGGCGACGAUGAAACUGGAGCAGCUUGCUUCUAUAUUGUGAGGGAAGAUAUGUGCAAGAAGAUUCAAAUAGAUCUUGGGAUUGUUAGGUUUUCUCACUCUGUUUAUCUUCCAAAUUUUAUCUCGGUUCCUUCUGAAUUCAGACCGCUGCGAGUUUAAGUUUUGGCUCUUCUUGUUUUAUUACAAAUCCAUUUCAUGCCAUUUCCUCUUUUUUUUUUGGAAGGUACUUCUGUUUUCAAUUUCUUGUAUGAUGUCUCUAUGUGGGUUGAUUUGGCAAUAAACGAUACAAAUGGCUUUCAAAAUUUGUAAUUGUUGUUCUGUUUCCUGCUCUGAGCAUAUUCCGUUCUUCUUGAACACCUUACAUAAUGCACACGAGUCCUGCACCAACGAACCAGUUACACUAAAUAUUUAGAAUGUAUACUUAUGCCAAGAGUCGAAAGUCUACUAAUGUAAUUAAAAAGGAUAAAGCAUUUGUCUUAUUUGAGAACUAAUGUGCUUUUGUCUUCGACGUAGUAAAGCCAGUGGCGAAUCCAAGAUGAUUUUUGACUAGGUGCACAUGCACAUUGUAAAUUUAUUGAUGACAAUACGUGUAUAUAUAUAUGAAACUAGCUAACGAACACAUUAACUUCUGAAAGUAUUAUGGGUGCAUGAGCACCCAAUCUCUCCUUAGUAGCUUCGUCCCUGAGUAAAGCCAUAGCAAAACCCUAAGCUUUUGUCAGCUUACACCUAGAAACGAAUAUAUAUCUCAAUUUAUAGCAGCUUAAACGCCUUAAUUGGUAUUAAAAUCACAUAACAGUACAUUACUAACUAUUAUGAUCUAGAGGAGAAGAAAGAAUACCAUUAUGGAUCUCUACUUGGUAGAAACGACUUCUCUACAUUUUUAUUCAAUUCUCUCCAUGAUAAGAAAUUACAAAUAAUAUCAUACUUAACAAUAAAACUAAAUGAUAAGACUGAUGAGUCAAAAUACAAAAAAAAAAUCCUAGUUAUAGUAUGAAAAAAAAAGAAAAUAUAACAUAAAUGCACAUAAGAAGUAAAGAUCAUAUGCACAACAGAUGCGGCUUGGGAAAAAGACACCCAACGGGCAGGCUUGGCUUGGACUUUCGAAGGACAAGGACUCCCAGAUCGGCUCCAAGGCUCCGCGAUCCAACACUCCGUCAGCUCACCACUGAUUGCUGAAGCAGUAGCGAUGCGAUCAGCACUAAGGAAGGCCCUGGCUUUGGGUUUCCACAAGAUCAAGGCCUUCACCGAUAACCUAACGCUCGUCAGAGCAAUCAACAGCAACCUCCAGAGAAAAGAAAUCGUCGGCAUCAUCCACGAUAUACGCAUGAUUUCCUCUGAAUUUGCAUCUAUCUCUAUCUCUCAUAUUCCUAGAUCCGAAAACUUUCGUUCGGAUUCUUUAGCUAAGGCGACCCUUCGAUCGUCUCUUUGUUUCAACUCAGCUUUAGUGUUGUAAUUGGGCCAGGCCCAGACUUCUAGCUUUCUAAUGAAAGUAUUAAGUGAACAAAAAAAAAAAAGUAAAGAUCAUAUAAUAAUUAGUUCAUUACAAUACAACUAAACUAUAAGAUUAUGGACCAAACAGCCAUGAACUUCUUAGUAACUAAAAGCGAGAAGAAUGUAACAUAACUUACCUGCGAGGUCCCAUCAUCCAUGGCUCGCAUUUGCAGAGAUCAACCUCGGGGAUUAUAGCAAGCUCAAUUUCUUGACCAUUGAUCUUUCUUUUCAGAUAACAGUUUACGAGUUCUUCCUCCAUUGGAUGAUAUCUGAAGCCUGAAGGUAAUCCGACUGGAUCGGAGCCAUAUAUAACUCUCACAGACAAUUACAACAUCGGGUUCUUAGCAGUACUCCACAUUUUUUAAAAAAAAUGAAUGCUAAUUUUUUUUUUUAAAUGAAUGCUAAAUUAUAUUCAUCAAAAUCCCCAUUUUUAGAUCAAGUGCAGCUGAAGUUAAAGUUUGUUUCCUACUUGCUAGAAAUUGAAAACUUUAAUUCACUUGAUGGUAAGCUAUCUCAACCCAAACUCGAAUGAUAAGGCAUUCCUAUAGUUUCUGUCAUCCGAUUUUGUGAGAAGAUAUAAACGAUUUCUGAUUGAUUACUCCAUGAGUUUCACCAGCGUGGUAGCUGUCUUCGCCGGUUCUCCAUGUCGACGUGUGUUCCUUUCCAUCCAGAACUUAUGGAUCGUACACUGAAAAAUAAAUCUGAUACAAAAUGCAGGGAUACGGUCUAGCGUUUUCCCAGCGAUGAUGUUCUUGAUUUGUACUCAACUAGUACUAUAUCUUCUUUUCAAAAUUCCUCGUCUAAUCUCCUCCCAAACCAAAUAGUACUCCACAUUUCUCUUCUCUUACCUAAUUUGUAUAUAUGUGUAUAUAUAUACAUAAACUUUAUUGUAUUGUUGACGUUAUUAGUGUACGUUAACCGUGCCGAAUGAGUCGUGUAUAAAAUUUCUCUCCCAGGUACUGUGUUCGAGAGUGGUCCUUAGACAGUUUUGACUUUGUGCAUCACCCUCCUUUACCCGCGGGGUUCUUUCCGUUUUGAGGUUUCGCUCUCUUUCCUGCAGGCCUGCCACCCGAUUUGAUUCGAAUUGCUUCCCUCUUUCGGUAACAUCCACUGGAUAUUAGAUUCAAAAUAAAGCAACUCAUCCGUCAGCUGGUGGCCGGAGCUAUCACCGGAGACGGCCUAACCACCAUGGUAGGCUCUCCUCUGUACCGGAGCCCAACUACAAACCUGAAGACACCCAAAAACAAAGUAGUCUACGCCUGAAGACCAAGCUUAGAGUCGACAAAGUACUCCUCUAAGUCUCCCCUCCCACAUCCCUACUGAAGACAUCAGCGGCAACUAAUCUCGUUGAGACAUCAGCUUCAUAAAGGACCGGCAACUGCACCGCAACACAGAAUGAGAAGACUCACCGAAGAGGAGAAAGGAAAAGCAAAAGUUGGGGAACAACAAACCCGACCACGAAUCAGAAUCAGAGCCUCCGACCUGGACACUAGCAGACUCAUCAGGGAAAAUGCCCUCACUCUUAUCGGCAGAGUGACAAACCGAAGAGAACAAAACAUGGCGUCUUUGCUUCCUUACCUAACAAGAAAAUGGAACCUAGUGGGAAAAAUCCACGGCUCUGAUUUGGGCAACGAUUGCUUCCAGUUUAGAUUUCAGGAGGAAGAAGAGAUGCGCACAGUACUGGAAAACCGGCCUUACCAGUUCAACCGUUGGAUGGUCAUCCUUCAACAAUGGGAACCGGUCAUCUCACCAACAUUCCCGUCACAGAUUCCGUUUUGGAUCAGCCUGAAAGGUAUCCCCCUACGCUUUUUGGA